CUGCCAACGCCGUCCCUGUCGCAGCCAUCGUCAUCUCAAUCCCCCCACCAACGCCGUCCCUUUUGUAGCCUCCCCGGUCGUUUGGUACACCAGCAAGAUCCCUGAAUGCCCCUUGUCCUCCUUCGUUCUGAUCACGAACCGCCACGCCUCGGCCUCCUCGUCGUCCCACGCCGUGGUCGGAUCCCGGAAAUCCUUCAGCCCCACAUCGGGCGGUGGGAUGAGGACGGGCUUCGCUUCUAACUUGUAUGGAUGAGUUGGUAGAUCGGCGGAGCAUGAUAUGGUGCAGAGAUGGUUGGAAUUAAUGGAAGGGAUGAACGUGGAGGAAGAGUACAAGCAAACACUAAGAACGAAGUCAUACAUUGAGAUAUGGAACAAAGGGCAUCAUAAAUUCCAUAAAAGCAUCACCAAUAACUCUUCUCCUUUCUCUAUUCCGGACUUAGUCUUAGAACCAAAACAAGAGGUAUUGAUUAGUACUACCAAACUGUUUCAAGGAUUCUCUGAUCGUGAUCCACUUGUUGAAUAUUUUGAUGCCACAUUUCAAGCUUUCAAUGCAUGUUCAUCUUUGCUUGCUUCCAUUGAAAGCACACGUGGUUACUACCAUGCUAUUCGCAAUCUUCUUAACAAGACCAAUAAGUUUUCGGAGCUCACUUCCAUGCUUGACCUCCCAAACCCUGUCUCACCUCAAACCCUAACUUAUUUUCAAGAGAUGAGUACAAACUUUGGGUCUUUAACACAAAGGUUGAUUGAAGCUCGCCGGAGAAUGAAAAGAAGGAUUAGAGUUGUUAAUGAUUGGAAGAGAGUUACUGUGGUGGUGUUAGUGGUUGCAUGCAGUGCUGCGGCCGUGGCGGCAAUGGUGGUGGCCGGUCAUGUGUUGGUGGUGUUCGGGGUAGUGGUGGCGGCGCCGGUGGUGGUGGCCGGAAAGAGAGGGAAGAAGAUCAGAAGGGUGGAGAAGAAUGUGGAUGAGGCAGCUAGAGGAGCAUACAUUAUGGGAAGGGACAUGGAGACCAUGAGUAGGAUGGUGAGGAGAGUGGGGGAUGAGGUGGAGCACCGGCGAGAGGUAGCGAAGAUGGCGGUGAGGAGUGGAGAGAGGAGAAUGGUGAUGGAGGCAGUGAAGGAGAUGGAGAGUGGAGAGGAAGGGUUUGAAAGGCAAGUGGAAGAGCUUGAAGAACAUGUUUACUUGAGUUUGCUUACUAUUAAUAGGAGUAGGAACUUGGUGGCUAAUGAUAUCUUCUUCCAUGAUGUGGAUGUUGUGAGUUGAUUCAUGCAUAGUGUUC